AUGGGAGACUACAGAUCUAGACCGAGCUCAUCUGAGGGCGAGAAACCCCAAGUCCUGCAACCCUUCCACCUUACCGCCACUGGCUACAAUCUCAAUUACCUCCCCGAGUAUAUCGCCCUCCGACAUGGCUUCUUCCGUGAGCAAGGACUCGACGUCAGGGUAAAAAUCCCUACACCCUGGGACGGCGUGCUCGACGCCCUCGCCGAAGGCACCGCCGACAUGGCUCUGGGCGGCAUCUGGGUACCGUCCAUGUACCGCAACAGGAGCCAGCACUACACCGUGUUCGCGCAGAUCGCGAAUCGCUGCCCUCUCGCCCUCCUCCGACGCGGCCAAGGUGACGGCUUGAAGCUGGUCGACAUGGUCGGGAGUACCGUGCUGAUGAAGUCGGGUGGUGGAGCCAGCGUGGGUCUUUUCUUCAAGAUGCUCCUCCGCGAGAACGGCGUCGACCCCAAGUCGCUGGACUACAUCCAGGACCUCGACGGCGUGAUGCUAGGCAACUUAUUCCAGGGCGGCAUGGGCGACUACUUCAUUACCGACAACCUGUCGGCCUUGGCCAUGGCCGAGCACAAUCCCGACGUCUCGAUCGCCAUGGAGAUGGUCUCGCAGGGCGACAUCCCGUGGAGUGUCUACUACCGCGAGACGGCGCCGCUCACCCCGGCCAUCUUCGACGCCCAGAAGCGCUUCUACGUCGCCCUGGCCAAGGGCAUAGACUGGGUACUCCAGCACGACGCAGAGUCGUUCCGGGACGAACUCGCCGAGCUCUUCCCCACCGUCCCCAUCGACGUCGUCGUCCGCGUUACCAACCUUUUCCGCCGCAACGGCAUGUGGACGUCCACUUCUGUGUCCCGCGAGGGUUUCGACCGAUGGCAGCAGGGCCUCGCCGAUGCACGCCUGGUCAAGGAGCCUUUUGCUUACGAAGCGAUUGUCAACGACGAAGUCGCAGCAGCGGCACAGAGUGCGAAGUAA